UCAACCCUCUCUCUCUCUCUCUCUCCCUCGAUCUCUCCAAUGGCUGAUUCAAGUACUCCUCUCAAUCAACCAAUUACGGUGCCAUCUGAGUCAACUCAUAACAAUCAACCCCUGCAAAACCAGGGCUCCAGCCCCCAGCUGCCGCCGCAAGACCUUAUCCAUCAACUCUCAGGCGCAGCUGAGUCUAUCAUCAAACAACUAAUCGCAUCGCUGCCACCUGAGCCUAACUCGGCCCUUUUCCUGGCUAAAGUAUUAUCUCUGGCGUUGACACAAUCAAACCCAUCACCACCAAAACACGACGCCUCCGCAAUCAACUUCAGGCCUGAACUUCCUUCAUUGUCAGGCAGCCUUGGCUUGAUUAAUGACUUGUUGAUGAUAUUGAACCAGAGCUCCAGUUCCCAGCCGGCGGCGGCAAACGUUAACAAUCAAUUAGUUCAAGCGUUGCUGCCGCGGCCUGCUUAUAAUUACCCCAAUAGGGUUCUGCCACCAGCGCCUGCGGACGGCCAAACUUUGAACCAGGACAACAACCAGGAGCGGAAUGUACCCCACUUCGCCAUCGACAUAGUUGAACCAGUACCUCUGUCACAACCAGACUCAUCAACUGUUAAUGCAGCGCCUAAUUAUCCGCCACCUCCUUCCGUAUCCCCACCUACUCAGUACCAAGUCUCAAACCCCAUGGUUGCAGCACCAUCUUUUGGAAAUCUACCGAACCCAGUUGCGACUGUAGUACAGCCACAAAUAUUACAAGAUAUGAAAGAAACCCAACAAAGCCCUGUUCCUCCUCAACCAUCGGCACAACCACCGCCACCACCAUCACCGAAACAGAGCCCAGAGCAUCAUCAAGAGAACCCAAACCCACCGUUACCUAGCCCGCAUGAACCAAUGCCAGUGCAAACAGUCCCGCAACAAGGACCACUAAUAACCCGGCCUGGCUUCCGCAAAAAAAACGUAGCUAAGACAGCAUCCAACCUGGCAAACCUUUUACCCACCGGCACAGUCCUUGCAUUUCAAUCCCUAGUACCAUCUCUUUCCAACAGUGGAAAAUGCAGUAUCUUCCACAGGUACCUCAUUGGAUUCGUCAUUGCAGUUUGUGCUGCCACUUGUUUUCUCUCUUCUUUCACUGAUAGUUUCGAACAUAACGAAAAAUUAUACUAUGGUUUCGCCACAUGCAAUGGCCUUUGCGUCUUUAACUACGAAAAUCGUGUCGAAGAAGAAUUAAACAUCAGCAAGGAGUUGGAGAAGUAUAAAAUGGAACCCUUAGACUUUAUUCAUGCAUUUGGUUCCCUCUUUGUGUUCUUGAUCUUUGCUAUUAGCAGUUCCGAUGUGCUAGCUUGUUUCUUCCCCGAAGCAGGUGAAAACGACAAGUACUCUGUUGUCGUGUAUUUGCCACUGGUGGCCGGAGUUUUGUCCAGCUUCUUGUUCUCCAUUUUUCCGACUAAACGUAAAGGGUUUGGGUACUCUGAUCAGGGACGCCGCCCGUGAUGGUAUGUUCCUGCUUGCUUAAGAUCAACAUGAUAUUUGUGGUGCUUCAAGAAACAAUAUGCAUGAUUUUAUAUAUAUAUAUAUAUAUAAUGACGAUAUUGUAAUAAUUUCUUAUAUAUCCAUUAGUUGGGUUGUAUGCAUGUGGUAAUUAAUAGUGUUCUCAAGGAUGCAAUUCUAUUAUAUAGUGAAAUAAUUUUUAUAAUUAUCAGAUAGAUAAAUUUUGUAUAAAAUUCUGUAAAAACAAAUGGGUAUAUAUAUAUAUAUGUAUAUAUAAGUGGGAUUUCAA